GAAAUAUGACCAACGAAACAGCCUUAACAGUGGCAGCCGCAAUUCUUGGUUCCACUUAUUUUUUGUAUUGUAAACUGUUAAAAACCGCAAAAUUAUCACUUCCAAAUGGGCUUUCUGUUGAUAAGCAAGCUGUUGAAGUAAAGGGUCAACCAGGAGUAUGGAAAAGUGCUCUAAUGGAAAAUGAGUCCGAAGACGUUCUCACUAGAUUCUACCCAGAAGUCGCCACACUUCAUGACGUCUUUGUCAAAGGAAAAACGGAAAGCAAUGGCGGUCCAUGUGUGGGUACCCGGUCAUCUGGCGACGCAGAUUACGAGUUCCUAACCUAUGAUGAUGUUCAUGAACAGGCGAAGAAUUUAUCAAUGACAUUAGUACAUGAGUUUGGACUGACUCCAGCCAACACCACCAACAUCGGAAUCUACGCUCGAAACUCACCACAAUGGCUCGUCAGCGCCGUCGCGUGCGUCGAGCAGUCAAUGGUAGUGGUUCCACUCUACGACACCCUUGGUGCAGAAGCCGCCACUUUUAUCAUUUCUCAAGCGGAAAUCAGUGUGGUCAUUGUGGAUUCGUUCAAGAAAGCAGAGAGUUUGAUCAAGAACAGAGAAAAUAUGCCAACGUUGAAGAAUAUCAUUGUUAUCGAUAGUGCGGAUGAGUUGAAGGAUGGAACUGCCAUCAUCGACACCAUCCGCGUCGAAUCUCUCACAAACGCCUUGAACCUCGGAUCCCGUUACCCAUUCACCAAUAACCUCCCAAAACCAGAUGACAACUACAUUAUUUGCUAUACGUCAGGAACCACUGGAACCCCGAAAGGAGUUAUGCUGACCCACUCAAACAUUGUCGCCAAUAUUAGCGGAUUCUUGAAGAUUCUAUUUGCAUUCCAACCGUCGAUGAUUGAUGCGACGCAGGUCCACAUCUCCUACCUCCCACUUUCCCAUAUGAUGGAGCAGCUCACUCACUGGACACUUCUUGGGUUUGGAUCUAAGAUUGGUUACUUCCGUGGAAGCAUUCAAGGCCUCACUGAUGAUAUCAAGACACUGAAGCCUACUGUGUUCCCGGUUGUUCCACGACUUUUGAAUCGACUCUAUGAUGCGAUUACCAGCAAAGUCCAACAGCAAGGGUUUAUGGCAAAACUGGUGUACAAUUUUGCUUUUGCCCGCAAGCUCAGUCUCGUCAAAGCCGGAAAAGUCGGUCGUGACACUAUCUGGGAUCGUCUGGUGUUCAACAAAAUCCAACAACAAAUAGGAGGAAAAGUAGAUCUCAUGGUUACAGGAUCCGCGCCAAUCUCUUCCACCGUUCUUGAGACCUGCAGAGUCACACUUGGAACCACAAUUGUCGAAGGGUACGGUCAGACCGAGUGCACCGCAUUGGCAACGUUUACCUGGAUGGGAGACCCGAGCACCGGGCAUUGUGGGGCUCCGGCGCCAUGUGCUUUGGUGAAGCUCGGGGAUGUGCCGGAUUUGAACUACUUUGCGAAGGAUGGAAAAGGAGAGAUCCGAAUCAAGGGACCAUGUGUGACGAAAGGGUACUACAAGGAUCCAGAGAGAACCGCCGAGUUGUUUGAUGAAGAGGGAUUCCUGCAAACCGGAGACAUCGGAGAGAUGCUUCCAAACGGAACUAUUCGAAUCAUUGACCGAAAGAAGCACAUUUUCAAACUGGCGCAGGGAGAAUACGUGGCACCAGAAAAAAUUGAGCAGGUCUACAUUAGGACACCCGUUGUGCAACAGGUCUAUGUCGAUGGAGAUAGCUUGGAAAGAUGGCUCAUCGCUGUUGUCGUGCCAGAACCCGAUGUGCUUAAAGAAUGGAAUGAUAAACAAGGAUCCGGAUCAAGAAAAAUUGAAGAAAUCUGCAAUGACGAGAAGGCUAAGGAGUUCGUGCUCAGUGAGCUGCAUGCAAUUGGAAAAGCUAACAAGUUGAAUUCUAUCGAGCAAGUUAAAAAAGUGAUCUUAACGUCUGACACGUUUACUGUCGAAAAUGGACUUCUAACCCCAACGCUGAAAGCAAAACGACCACAAUUGAGGCUGAAAUAUAAGGAUGGCAUGGCAAAAGUGUAUAAGCAAUUUCCAAAUCUUUAAAUGAUUAUUUUGAUUCUAGUCUAUGUAUAUUUUAGUACUUGGAAUUUAUUAAUAAACCAAAAAUAAGU